CAGAAAAUACUUCAACCCGAGACAACUGAACUGCUAAUGUCAUCACAGUGGACCGAGUUUGUUUCUAAACUAUCUGGUGACCAUUCUGGUGUCUUGAAAAUUUCUCAUGUUAAAAAUGACCACCAACUGCUUCUAGCAGGGAUAGACAGCAUAAUGAGUGGAGUUAUAGAGAAGACAGAGCGAUUCCUGAAGGAGAACACCAUCUACAUGCUGAGCUGCCAUUUUUUUCCGAGUCGUCAUUUUUUUGUGGCCAAUUAUUGGUGGGCCAGGGUCGUCAGUAUCAGCAAUAAUUUGAGAGCUUACAAGGUGGAAGUAAGCCUGGCUGAAUCUGGGCAUAAGUUUUAUGUCCGUGGUACACAACCAGGACUAGAUACUAUGGUAAACAACCUCAAACAGCUGGGUUCAGGGGUCAAAUGUCACAUAGCGAGAUUGGUUAACCAAUCACAGGUUAAAUUCCUGCUGUCUUCCAAAUGUAAGAAGAAACUGGAGAAACUUGGCCGCAGCACCCAGUGUGUCUUUUCCUUGAAAGAGGAGCCUGUGGACUUGGUGGUGUCGUUAGAAAGUUCUCAGAGAGCCACCAGUGAAGUGGAUACAAAAUCUGCUGCUUCAGGGAGCCAAACAGCUCUGAAACGGUCUUCAGUGCCAGCUACAGUGGCUGGUGGGUCUGCUGGUGUCAGUCAAACAACGGUCUCCAGUUCUUCUGUGGCGGAAGUUACAAAACUCUUUGUGUAUGGUGAAUCCGAUGAAAGCAUAAGAACAGCUCUCAGACGUUUUGAGGAUCUUGUGAAGGAUAAGUUCACACGCAAAAAAAUAGAAGAUAAAUGUAUACAGAAUAUGACUGAAGAUGAGGCACGCAGUCGUUGCACAUUCACUAUUCCCACUGCAGAUUUGCAUAGCUUGGAAAAAAGUGAUUUGAAUCCUGCAAAAAAUCUUAUCAAAACUGAAAACGAUGGUCAGAAGUGUUCCGUCCCAUUGGAAAACCAGAUAGCUUCUUUUAUUAAAGGUAUUAAAGUGAUUAGUUCAGUACCUGCUGGUUCAAGGGAAGGAGGCGUUCCUACAGUGCUAGAGAACAAAAACCCUAUGGUGAAAAGGGAUGUUCCAAAAUCAAAAGAGAAACAACAGAGCCCUUUGCUGGAAAAGAAUGUUUCUAAACUUAGAGAGAGCAAAGAGAACACUUUGAUAGAGAGAGAAAUAGAUUCUCUGGAAUAUGAGGCUCUUAAAUAUCUCCUGGAGGAUUCAUUCACUUGCUGUGCCACGAAAACGAGUGGAAAAGGUGGGCGGGUCACAGUGUCUGUACCCAUGACAGGAGACAUUUGCGAUAAGAUAGAUUCCUUAUGGCAGGAAACUGUAUCUCUUGAUGAGAGUGACUUGUCAAAACUUGAAAAUCCUAUUAAUACAAGGUCUGAGGGAGUGGAGGCUUUCGUGAAGGUCUUUCAGAAGGAAAGAAAAGUUGUCAUAUUCUCCUUUGGCUACAGUAAUAUGAACAAAGCCAAGCACUUGCUGCAAGUUAAGACCGGAAAAAUCACACGUAGGAGCAGAGUAGCCAGAAAGUUUGGAGAGGGAUCAUCCUCUAGCAGUUCACAGCAGCCAUCAACUCAUACUCAUUCAAAGCCUGUAGAUCGUAUAGAACUGAACACAGAGUCUGGCAUCAAAGUAUUUGCGUACAAGACGGACAUCACAAAGCUGCCUGUAGAUGCCAUUGUGAAUGCUGCAAACAAUAAUCUCCAGCAUGGUAGUGGGGUAGCAGCUGCUAUUGCCAAAGCAGCAGGUCCUAGCCUGGAAGAAGAAGGAGAUGACUACAUCAACAAAUAUGGCCCUUUAAAGGUUUCACAGGUCAUACCAACAACGUCUGGAGCUUUGCCCUGUAGGGCAGUCCUUCAUGCAGUGGGACCACGCUGGUGGGACUACGAAGACAAGAUGCAGUGCCAGCAGGACUUGGAGCAAACUGUUUUUAACUGCCUAGAAACAGCACAUAACAUGAAAUUUGGAUCUCUUGCCGUCAGCUCUAUUGGCUCAGCUAUAUUUGGAGUGCCUAAGGAUGUGUGUGCUGAGAUGUACCUACAAGCAGUACAAAGAUUUGAUAGCCACUAUGGAAUUACAUCUUGUCUGAGACAAAUCCACUUUAUUGAUAUAAGUGAUGAGAUGGUCUCCAAAAUCCAGGAUGUCUUCUCACAGAAAUGGAAAAGUGCUAGAUACAAUGUGCAGUCGAAACAACACAGCAGAACACAAGCAGCUACUUCUGGAAACAGAGGACAACCGAAUAAAAAUGAGUACCCAUAGUGAAGCACCUUUUUCAACAACAGACUGCAAUAAUAUAACAGCAGACAAGAUGACAACAGACUGAAAACAGUCAGGCAUUUAGAAACAGCUGUAAACAUGGCACAGCAGCUUGUGAAGAACAAGACAGUAAAUGCAAGUCCUUGUGGAUGAAUAAAAUUGUAUUUAUUGUAUUGUAAUGUAAUACCCAGAGAAGCGCUUAUCACAUCAAGUGUACCAACCUGUCAAAUAUUGACUGAGUUGCAUCUAAUAGCGCUACUUAAUCUCGCACCGAUACACGCGCUUCUCUAAAAUCCUCCUUAAUAACAGCAAUUCUACGAAUUACAAUAUCUAUGAAAUUUACAGGGAAAAAACUCGUCUAGGCGAGACAGCACAUUAAAUUGAGGUCGCGGCGCAUACAAUGACGAUCGACCUCUGCACUUUACAGUUUCAGGUAAGUGGGCACCGACACCAUCUUCCUACACGACGAUCGGAAGCCCACUGCCUUUCUCUCAUCAAGGUGACAGUGAUGUACUUGUACAAUGUUGAAACACCAUUUUUUAUUUCUUUCAUUCUGCAUUGUAAAAGGUUUUUACAUACUUUAUUGGUGUUAAGAUUUUUUUGUGAUUCAGUCAUCAAUAAAUGACUAGGGACAAUGUAAUUAGAACCCUUUUGCACACCCAGUCGAUUGUGUACAUGGACAGCCCUUUCUGAGUAUAAACAUUCCUACUAGGGAAAUUUUCUACUUUUUUCCGUCUUCUUGUCCUUGUAUACACAAGCUCUGUUUACCACCCCAUCCUGCACCAGCUCCAGGAUUUCCUCUAUGUGGACUUCAUCUUGGCUAACUAUGGCAACAAGCAGCAAGGGAUCGAGAAGAAUAUAUCUUGUGUUAAAAGUUUACUCCAUUACGAUCCUGGCUUGUGCGGAGAGUAAAUCUGUUUCAGACAACUGUGGUGGAUUGUUCCGCGGUUUUAUCCAUCGACCCAUUGCUCCUAUUUGGUAAAUAGCUGCUGAAGAAAGUUAUGCAGUAAGAUAUAUAUAUGCACAUGAAUCUUUCAGUUGUAUCUAAGUCUGACAUGUGAAACAAAACAUAUAUUUUCGAGAAUUUCCUCAAUAAAAGCCCGUACAGAUCCAUUUUUUAUUUGGGAAAAUUUGCAAAUGGACUUGAAUCAUUGUAAUUUUAAACGUUGUAUCACGUGGCCCAGACAAAAGAGCAAAAAGAUAUCUUGCACGAGUGUUGUUGUUGUUUGCUGCAGCGAAGAACGGCCGACAUCAAUGACGAACAAAACAUUUUGGUGUUUGACAAGAUGAACCGCGUCGUCUAAACUGAAAGAAACUGUAGAUAGUGAUAAACAUUGCCGGCGAUGCUAGUGUGCAUGGAAGAGACGAGCGACCUCUAACGUGUCUUGCACAAACGUUGACAAGAAGAGUGGCUGAUCUUUCCUCGAGAUGUUAUCUGCUUCAUUCAUUUAACAUCAAUAGGCAGUGUCUGAACACAAAAACCAACACUUUUUACAAGACCAAAAACUCUUUGUAUUUUGAGGCCUUAUCAAAGCACUGUCAGUGUCUGUUGUAUACAGUUUAUUUUUCUGACUUUCAGCUUGUGACUUCUGGUAACGACGAUUGAAGCCAAGUAAAAGUCGAGUUAAAAAUGGCGGUAAUUCAAGUUAGUGAUGCACAGACCUCGUUAUAGGAGUUUGUACUGCAUUGUUUUUCUCAGAUGUACCAGACUUGUGCUCACAAUUUACUCACGAAACAGUAUAGGAGUCUUGCUUGACUAUGUUUUAUCCAGGGCUCUGAUGCAAAGUAGACUUUGAGCAUCUGUACCUUAGUGUCUCCACACCAACACAGUCUUUACACUUAAUGCACAUUUUUAAUGCAUGCUUCGUUUUGUUAACACCCACUUAUGUACAUGUUUGGCCAGCAAAAGUGCAAUUUUCACUGUCCAUUGUAUAAAUAAACUAUAAACUAUAA